GGCGCCGGCGGCGCUGCCAUGUGGUGGUUCCAGCAGGGCCUCUCUUUCCUGCCUGUGGCUUUGGUGGUUUGGUCAGCAGCAUCUUUUGUCUUUUCCUACAUCACUGCCAUCGUCCUGCACCACGUGGACCCCCUGGUGCCCUACAUCAGUGACACAGGGACAAUACCUCCUGAGAGAUGCUUGUUUGGGAUCAUGUUGAACAUUUCAGCUUUCUUGGGGGUGGCCACCAUGUACGUGCGCUACAAGCAAGUUUGUGCCUUGAGCCCAGACAAAGCCAGGAUCCUCAAGCUGAAUAAGAUUGGCCUCACCCUGGGCUGGAUGAGCUGCUUUGGACUCUGCAUUAUUGCAAACUUCCAGAAAUGCAUCCUGUACUACAUCCACGUGCUGGGGGCCUGCCUGACCUUUGGAGUGGGAGCCAUUUACAUGCUGGUUCAGACCAUCCUGUCCUACCUGAUGCAGCCAGAAGUUCACAGCAAGGACAUCUUCUGGAUCCGCCUGACCGCGCUGCUCUGGUGCUGCUCCAGCAUCCUCAGCAUGUUUGUUUCCUCUGUUGUCCUCUACAGUGGCCUGUAUGGAACUAACCUGGUGCAGAAGCUGCACUGGGACCCUCAGGAAAAGGGCUACACAACUCACAUCAUCAGCACUGUCUCAGAGUGGUCCCUGGCAUUCUCCUUCCUCAGCUUCUUCCUCACCUACAUCAGGGACUUCCAGAAAAUUUCUCUCCAUGCUGUCACCAGCCUGCAGGGCCAGACCCUCUACAACACCCCACAGGGCUUCGGGAGCGACCAGCAGGGCCUGCUGGUGGCAGGGAGCAUCUGAGCAGGGCUGGGGAGGAGGC